GCGUUCCUGCUCUUUGCCUGGUUUGCGAGGAUUAAGCGUUAAGUACCACGUGGUAUCGAACCCGGUGCCUCAUCCGUGCUAGAAUUAGCCACCUGGAACUAUGAGUGAAUGGAUGAAGAAAAGCCCCUUAGAAUGGCAAGACUACGUUUACAAAGAAGUCAGAGUGAUAGCCAGUGAGAAGAAGGAGUAUAAAGGAUGGCUUUUAACUACAGAUCCAGUCUCUGCCAAUAUUGUCCUCGUGAAUUUCCUUGAAGAUGGCAGCUUGUCUGUGACUGGAAUUAUGGGACAUUCUGUGCAAACUGUUGAAAUUGUGAAUGAAGGGGACCAUGGAGUAAGAGAGAAACUGAUGCAUUUGUUCAUGUCUGGAGACUGCAAAGCUUACAGCCCUGAAGAUCUGGAAGAGAGAAAGAAUAGCCUAAAGAAGUGGCUUGAGAAGAAUCACAUCCCCAUCACUGAACAGGGAGAUUCACGAAGGACUCUCUGUGUGGCUGGGGUCUUGACUAUAGAUCCACCAUAUGGUCCAGAAAAUCGUAGCAGCUCUAAUGAGAUUAUUCUGUCCGGGGUUCAGGAUCUUAUUCAAGGACAUCUUGUAGCUUCCCAGUGA